GGGAGCUGUAUCAUAUUUUCAAAAUUGUAAGAGAAUCGGGAAAUAGUAGUACUCUUCUCUUACUCUUUCUCUCGAGUUUAGUAAAUGAUAAUUAAUAGUAUGAUUGGUCCAGUAAACCGACCCAAGUGAGCCAGUAAACGUAUAGUUUUAGUGGUCAUACUUCUUUUUAACCGAUAUUUUAGAUAAUUACUUUCAACACUUUUUUCUAAUCAAUCCAUUAACCUGAAUAUAUACUUAAAAAUUCCAAUUGAUAUAACACUUCAAAAUAUUUUUCUACAAUAAAGAAACAAAAAAUGAUAUGCAAUUUUAAUUCUUUGGUCAACACAAUCAUCAAUGUCAAUGAUUUUAGAAUUACGGCUAUAACUCCAAGCUUAUGGUACAAGAUAAAAUAAUAAUAUGAUAUAAAGUACCAUCUGCAAAUAUAGUAUCAAUUAUCAAUAAUUAAAGUGAUAUUAUAUACAAUUAGUGUUGGAAACAAUAUUCUGUUCAGAUUUUACACUUGUUUUCUUCUCUUGUGUCGACAUGUGGAAGUCGAUAAGAUUAGUUACUAAAAUUGGUUCUUUCCAUGUUUGUUAAAUAACGAAAACAUACUCAGCCUACCAGAUCGUUCACAGAGAGACACUGCAGAGAAGAAGAAGCAAACAAACAAAAACAAUGGCGUCAAGAAGAGUAUCUUCAAUGCUCUCUCGCUCCUUCAUGUCCUCGCCUUCUCUGUUCGCUCUUAGAGGCAAACACCACAACAUGAACAGAGGAGUUUACGGAUACAGCAACGUUGCUGCAGGCGAAGACACGAUCACUCCGCCUGUGAAAGUAGAGCACACACAGCUCUUAAUCGGCGGAAAGUUCGUUGAUGCGGCCUCAGGAAAGACUUUCCCCACUUUGGAUCCAAGAACUGGAGAAGUGAUCGCUCAGGUGGCUGAAGGUGAUGUGGAAGACGUGAACCGUGCGGUUUCGGCUGCACGCAAGGCCUUUGAUGAAGGACCAUGGCCUAGAAUGACAGCUUAUGAGAGAUCAAAGAUACUUCUUCGUUUCGCUGACUUGGUCGACAAACACAACGACGAGAUUGCUGCUAUCGAGACUUGGGACAAUGGGAAGCCUUUUGAACAGUCUUCCAAGAUUGAAGUUCCUAUGCUUGCUAGGGUGUUCCGUUACUAUGCUGGUUGGGCAGACAAGAUCCAUGGAAUGACGGUUCCAGGAGACGGUUCACACCAUGUGCAGACACUCCAUGAGCCUAUUGGAGUCGCUGGACAGAUCAUCCCAUGGAACUUCCCUCUUCUCAUGCUUUCUUGGAAACUUGGACCAGCUUUGGCUUGCGGUAACACCGUUGUCCUCAAGACGGCUGAGCAAACUCCUCUAUCUGCUCUUCUUGUUGGACGACUACUUCACGAGGCUGGACUUCCGGAAGGAGUUGUGAAUAUAGUGUCUGGAUUUGGUCCUACAGCUGGUGCAGCCAUAGCUAGUCACAUGGACAUUGACAAGGUUGCUUUCACCGGUUCUACUGAUGUGGGAAAGAUUAUUCUUCAGUUGGCUUCAAAAAGCAACCUUAAGGCAGUGACCCUUGAGCUUGGAGGCAAGUCACCGUUCAUUGUAUGUGAAGAUGCUGAUGUGGAUCAGGCCGUUGAGCUCGCUCAUUUCGCUUUGUUCUUCAACCAGGGACAAUGCUGCUGUGCUGGCUCGCGUACAUUUGUACAUGAACGUGUGUAUGAUGAGUUUGUAGAGAAAGCUAAAGCUCGUGCAAUCAAACGCGCUGUUGGCGAUCCCUUCAAGUCUGGCAUUGAGCAAGGUCCUCAGGUGGACUCAGAGCAAUUUAAGAAAAUCCUGAAGUUCAUUAAACAUGGAGUUGAGAGUGGAGCCACCUUACAAGCUGGAGGCGACCGGUUUGGUUCCAAGGGAUACUACAUUCAACCCACUGUCUUCUCAGACGUCAAAGACGACAUGCUCAUAGCAACAGACGAGAUUUUCGGACCGGUUCAAACCAUACUUAAAUUCAAGAAUCUAGAUGAGGUGAUUGCAAGGGCUAACAACUCAAGGUACGGUUUAGCUGCGGGAGUGUUCACACAGAAUCUGGACACUGCGAACAGGCUGAUGCGAGCGCUGAGGGUUGGUAGCGUUUGGAUAAACUGUUUCGAUGUGUUUGAUGCCACAAUUCCAUUCGGAGGGUACAAGAUGAGUGGGAUUGGAAGAGAGAAAGGUAUCUACAGUCUCAACAAUUACUUGCAAGUCAAGGCUGUUGUUACUGCCAUCAAGAAUCCGGCUUGGCUCUAAACCAAACCAAACCAGGUAUCUCUCCCUUAAUAAGCUGCACUUAUUCUUAUUUUUCGAGGUUGGUUAAUAAAAGGAUUAACACUUAUGAUGAUGAUAAAUUUAUCUUCAGCUCAUUUACACAUGAAGCUACAUAAAAAAUGUGUGAUUUGUAAAACAUUUCUUGAUAUAUUCAUCUUUUUUUUCUUCUUGUGACUGAUAUAUGACCAUGUCUUUUAUCUGUGACAUUUGAGAAUAAACCACUUUUUA